GUAGCCAAAGAUCAAAGAUGCCAAGAUGUUUCAAUGUCGGGCUAUGGUACCGUUUGUCAACAUCAGAGCUGGUUUACAGGAUCUCUCAUUCAAAGACUUUGAGAUUAUUAAAGUAAAAUCGAAGCCGGAAGUGAGAAGCAGGGAACCAUUUCGGUUCGUUCGGCUAACGGCUGUAGACACAGCAGCAUCAGACAGAGAGAAAGCGUCAACCUAAUGAUGGAGGAACUCGAAGAUGAUUGCACUCCUCCUGCUGAGGACCUGGUUGAAUGCAGAAUUUGUCAAAGAUCCUUCUUCCCUAAAGUCCUGGAAAAGCAUGCUAAAAUCUGUAACAAGACGCAGAGCAAAAGGAGGAAGGUCUUUGACUCCAGCAGGCAGAGGGCUGAGGGCACAGACAUCUCCGUACUCAAACCUUUAAAAUCAAAGUCACACAGUUCAUCUGCUUCUGUGAAAGCAGAACCUCCUAAGAAGCAAUCUAACUGGCGCAAGAAACAUGAGGACUUCAUCGCUACCAUCCGUGCGGCCAAGGGUAUCACUCAGGUCAUGAAGGACGGGGGACCGUUACCCCCGCCUCCUCCUCCGACUUAUGACCCAGACUAUGUCCAGUGUCCUUUCUGUCAGCGAAGGUUCAACGAGGGAGCAGCUGACAGACACAUCAAGUUCUGUCAGGAGCAGGCCGCUCGUAUGCCGAACAAGGGCAAGUUAGGAGAAGCCAAGAAGCCUCCUGCUCGCACACAGUUGAAGCCUCAAGGUCCUGCUAAGAAGGUCAACUCACCUGCUGUGUCCACCAUCCCCUCAGCCUCCUCUCGCUUACCCCAGAGAUCAGGCCUGGGCCAGCCCACUGGUAUCCCGCCUAAUAGGACCUCUUCUGCAGGUAUAGUGAGGGGCAGUCCUUCUGGCCUUACAACCCCUCCUUCAGGUGUGGGAAAUAAGCCCCGAGCAGUGAGCUCUGGCUAUGGGCCAGUUAGGAACACACCGCCUGGAGCAGCACUCAACAAGAAGAAAGCAGAUACCUACAUAUCCAGGAAUGAUGUGGAUGGGAGUAACGACGUUGGAAACGGUGGAAUGAAGAGCAAGUUCUGUCACGCUUGUGGGACAAAGUAUCCUGUUGAGUCUGCCAAAUUCUGCUGUGAGUGUGGGAUCAGGAGAAUGUGCAUCUGAAGGAACUUAAUAAAGCCAUAUGGAUGCAACGGUACUCAAACUAGUGUAAGAGAGUUUCAAGAAAGCUGAUAAGAAUCUUACCCGUCUGUAUUUUCAUGCUUGAGUGUAACUUCAGCAGUAAAAUGGUGUGCUCAGCAUCCAGUGCUUUGAUGCUCUGAUUUCUUCCCUAAAUGCUGGUUAGUCCUCGUGGAGUUAGCUGGUCCUUUUUGCUUAUACUACCCUUAGGUUUAUACUUCAGAGGCAUACAAAAAAUACCAAUUUAGCUAUUUGGAAAACAAAGAUAACAGUCCUACUCUGCCUUUUAUUUUGCAUAUCGCUAAUAAGGAAUUCUAAGUGAAGGCUGGAGGAUUUUAGUCGUUAGCUGAUUGGUAAUGAAGUUGCAUUGAUCUGUGUCACAUCUGACACAGCACACUGGCUUGUAAUUGACCUCCUUUUACUGUUGGACAUGCGCCCGUAUUCAGAAGCUUAAGCAGAAACACGCUGCGUUUCAAACGUAAGCAUUAAAUGGAAGAAACAACCUUAUUGUCAGCGGACAAUAUUUACAAGAUUGAUGACCUAAAGAGCGGCGUCAGUGUGAGCAGUUUGAAGCAUCCUUAGAAGAGGUAGCAUACAAGAUGAGUCAGAGAGAUGAUAGAGGCUGAGAUGUGGGUUGUAAAAUGUAUAAAAGAAGUAAAGAGAAAGUGUGACUCAGCAGAAGUGGGUGUGAAAGCCCCGGUCUCUCUGUUCCCAGUCAACCCUGAUCUGAAAUCCAUUCCUUACUCCUGGUUUGCUGCGCUCCCUCACAAAUAGAAUCUGCUCCUCUUGACGUGCAAUAUGAUUUACUACUGACAAAUAAAAACAAACAGAGGGACUGUGAUGGACUUUUGGAAAGAUAUGGCGAUGUUUAGUCAGGGACCCGUUCAAGGAUGUAAGCUGUUGAAGGCCGUUGCUCUCUUUGAGGUCACUUUACAGGCUAACGUUUGUUUCCGGUCAUCUCAUCACCAUCCUAAGCCUGAUGUUUGUAGAUAACUGUAGCAUUAGAUCAAACUGUUUUAUUCCUAUCUUUUUUCUACAAUGUAAUGACGUAUUUAUUUUCUUAUUCACUUUCAUUUUUACUGAUGAACACAGACUGCACCUUUUUUUUUUGUUGAUGCUCUUUAGGAUUGAAAGUUGGAUGUGUAUGAAACCUAAAUGCACCCGGAUGUGUUGCAGUUGCUUUUCCUUGUCAGUGUCACUAUUUAGUCAGUAUUCAUUAAGGUCGUGCAUAGUGCAUUACCAGUCCAAAGUUUGGACACACCUUCUCAUUCAAGGGUUUGUAUUUAUUGUAAUGAUUAUAAACACUGUAGAUUAAUACUGAAGACAUCAAAACUAUGAAAGAACAUAUAUGGAAUUAUUGAAUGAACAAAAAAGUGUUAAACAAAGCAGAAUAUGUUUUAUAUUUUAGAUUCUGUAAAGUAGCCCCCUUUUUCCUUCAUGACAGCUUUGCACACUCUUGGUAUUCUCUCAGUCUGCUUCAUGAAGUGGUCUCCUGGAAUGGUUUCUAAUGAACAUGAGCCUUGUCAAGAGUUCAUUUGUAGAAUGACUUGCCUUCUUAAUGUGUUUGAGACCAUCAGUUGUGUUGUUCAGAGGUAGGGUUAGUACACAAUGGAUAGACCUAUUUGACUACUGUUGUAAUCCAGAUUAUGGCAAAACCAGAUGAUUUCAUAGUUUUGAUGUCUUCAGUAUUAAUCUGCAAUGUUGAAAAUAAUUAAUAUAAAUAAAAACCAUUGAAUGAGAAGGUGUGUCCAAACUUUUUACUGGUAGUGUAAAGUAACACUACAGUUUGGUUUAUCUCUCUGCUUCAUGUAACAGACUCCUUUUAUGACCUGAUAUGGUUUGUUAACAUCUGGUUCACUAAGAGGGAACGGCCUCCACUGGAGGUGCAUAUUUAUUAUUCUUAAAUCACAAAAUGUUUCAAACAGUGAUUAAUAAUGAUCAUCUAAUCCCUUUAGGAAGAAAGGGAUUCAUUUUAAGUUUCAUGAAGCAAACUAUAUUUAUGUAAGAGGAGAAGAAAGAGACUGGUGUGUGUACUUGUACUGUUGCAGCAGUUGUUAGGCUGGAUGUGCAUUUAAUGCCAUAUUUAUCCACCAUCAAUAAAUUUCUAUGAAGACAA